GAAGGGAAAUUCCCUGAAAAAAAACUCGACUACAGAUUUUCAAAAUGGCUUCUGCUAAUUCCGCCAAGCAAGGAAUGAAAGAAGAACACAGAAAAAUACUCCGAAAACACCGAGUUGAGCUCGCAAGAGAUCUGGAAGUUCAUAAAGUACUUUAUAACCUAACAUCUUUGCUGUCUGAAUCGGAUGAAGAGGAAAUCAAAAGUUUUAAAACCCGCCAGGAAAGAGCGGAAGAACUCCUAACGAUGUUGACAAAACGAGGAGAACACGCAUUCGAAGUGUUCGUAAAAGCAUUAAAUAUGUCUAAUCAGCGUCAUUUGGCGAAUAUUCUGCUAAACGAAGUACCCGAUGAUGUAACUCUGGAUGCUAGCGGUGAUGAUCAGACAUCUUCGGAGAAGUACAGACAGGUGCUACGAACCUCACGUGAGAUGCUUAGGGACAUGGACAUUGACAGAAUUCUCCCUCUGUUGGGAAUAGUAUUAGAUAAAACAGAUAAAGAAUCAAUCAAUAGUUUUCCAGCAGGAUCUCAGAAAAAAUUUGAUGAAUUUCUGGCACUUCUUCUUAAGAAAGGGCCACAGGCCCAUGAGCAUUUUGCGCGUGUCCUUGAGAUGGUCCACCCUGACAAGGCAAAGGUUUUACUCAAAGAUUUUGGUAUGGAACCAAAUGUGGCCAAAUCUCCCCCUGCCGAGAAAGUUGAAGUGAAUACCUUGAAUUCAGGAGCCAAUAAUAUAUCUAAUCAGCAAGAGACAUCUGCACAUGGCCAAGUAGACCAUGAUACUUCAGAUGGACCUGUGGGAAAACUCACCAACCAGGCAAAACACCUGACUCUUGAACAAAAGGUACCAACACGUAUGGGCGACCUUUCAAAGAGUGACAUUGAAAAUAUCGCUAGACUUAUUGAUGAAGACAGUCUGAGAAAACAGCAACUGCAUGACAGUCUUUCCCAUGAACCAGCUGCCACAGCAACCAAAGUCCUUCUGUUUACCGACACUGUGAAGAGCAAGUCCAUCAAAGAGUUCACAGGGAUACUGAGGAAUUGUAGUAAUGGAGCAGACGUGAUCAAAGGAAUGCGUCAGCUUCUUCCAGCUGGCAUAACAGGUCCAGCCCUGAAUGAAGCUCUUAAGUCUAGAGAUAUGCCGUAUUCUGUCCGUGCUAAGCUGACACGAGCUCUUACAGUUGAUGGCAUCUGGAAACGUUUUGCUGAUAAGAUUGGUAUGUCGACAGAUGAUAUCAAGUACCUGGACCAGCGAACGGAUAACCCAGCAGAUGGUGCUCUCUCCAAAUGGGAGCUAAGGACAAACCUAUCAAUUGGACACCUUUAUGAUAUGCUUAAUGAAUUAGGGAUGCCAUUAAUUGCGGAUAGGCUCUAAAGUAUUUUGAUAGGAAAUAGCAGAUAAACGGGAUGUGGAUUUUUAAGCUAAAUCCCGGAAAUGGGGGGGGGGGGGGGCUCGGGCUACCUCUAGAUCCGCCCCUGGUCACCCCUGCUAUAGGGGAAUGCAAACACAGAGCUUCUCAUCAAUUUUGCAAAGCAUGGGAAGUUCUUUUGCAAACCGGACCCACAGCUUCAAAUGAAUUUGUAGCAAUAAACUAGUUUAAAGAAAUUGACAUUAAAUUUGAUUUAUUUCCGUA